AUGUUGGAAGGAACAGCGAUUAUGUGGCGACAAUAUUUGGGAAAAACAAGUGUUGGAGUUGACGGUGGUGAGACACAUAGAUCUCAACUUGAUUCGAAUGCCGAUGUGAAAACUACCAUGACGGUAGUUGCGUGCGAAAUUAAGCGAAUAAAACGUUGCAAGUAAUUUCCGCUUUUCUUUUUUUUAAAUAAAAACCACCGUCAGAACUUAACCUAAUCUUCUCCCUUUUUCGUCACGCGGAAAAAGUCUCUGUUUGCGAAAAGCCAGUUGGCAAACAUAAUUUUCUGUGGCGUGUUGGCGUUGGAAGUAACAUCUAUGCGAUAACGCUUUUCUCUUUCAGUGUCAAGAGCCACAUAAUUAUCUCUUUAUAUAAUACUCUUGGUUGACGGGAUCUUUGUAUUGUAACGAGAAAUUACUUGUUAGUCACGUUAGUAAAUGAACCAUGGAUGUGUUCACUUGUUGUGGUAAGACUCGACCGCCCAAAGUUUAAAAUAAUAAUGAAGAUUUAUCCGUACGAGUAGCUAGUAAAAUGAAACAGUUGAUAAUAAACUAAGAACGUAGCUUAGAAAAUUAAGCUUUCGAUCAAGCCCUGUGAUUCGGCAAAACUCUAGCAUCAAGCGAGAGCCUGGCAAGAUUAGUACGGGGGUUUGAAAGUUGACAUGUCCCAGUUGAAGGUUUCAAAAUUCAUCUUUGUUUUAAGUGCUUGAUAUUCCAUUGUUGCCUUGACCUUUUCACGCUCUUUUUUAUAAGGAUGCUGUUUUUCCGGCCCAGGUUGAAUAUUCUUAUUUUCCGACGAUUUUAGGCUGAGAAUAUUCUUGUGUUAUUCUUAAGUUGCAUUUUAAAAAAAAAAAAAUUUUGCGGUUUGUUCAUUUCUUUUGUGCUGUAUACUAUAGAUAUGUAUUUCAUGUACGGUUCAUAGAACUGUCAUUCAGUUAGCAUUCAAAAUUGGGCUGUAGCUGGUGCAAGUUUCUUCGUUUUGUUGGGUAGUUUCGCCGUUGAGGGGAAGCAAUAAUUUUAUACGGUUAAGUUGAAAACAUAUAUAGUUCAGAUUUUCAACACAUAAAAAUGAUAUCCUUUUCAAAAUGUCAGCGUCGGAUUUAUUCUUCAAAUAUUCUUAAAACUUCGCGAAUUUCAGCCUCGAUACUCUUAUAAAAUAUCAAAAAAGAGUGUACAUUAAAACCGAACAAGCUCCUCUCUUUUGGUUGGGUGAAAUUGCUAUCUUAUCUUCUUUGAGACAUUUUCGUAGUGUAUCUAAAUGCUUUAUAACACGAUAAAAUAUUAAAGAUUGAAACUAAAAGAAAACUCUUUUUCGCGAUUUGUUACCAAUGCUUUGGAAAAGUAACGGCCCAGGUUAAUCGAGUUUGUGAGUUUUGAGUCGUGUUUUUAUGACCAAAUUGAGAAUCCAUUUUUGACCCUCGACCUGCAGCGGCAGAUAAGUCCUUCAUUUUGUGUUUAUUCCCAUCUUAACCCCACUGGUAACGAACAGGCCAGAUUACUGUCAGAGGCAAACAAGCACAGCGUAGAUCGCUGCACGAAAGAAACAAAACAAGACGCUACGGAGCGAACACUUCGGCGUCGUGGUUGUGGAACUAAUUAAUUGUAAAUGCGGAGGAAUAGUAAGAAAUCAAAUAUGGUAAGAGUAAGGUGUUAAUUUGCGAAAUUAUGGGAUUUGCCAGGAUAUUCUAAAAAGAACAACAUCCAAGAGGCCUACUUGCCAAAAACUAGCAUUUCGGGACAAAUUGUCUCCGAGAUAUUAGCCCAGUUAUGCUCUGAUGACUCCAUGCAAAUCCUUCUAAAAAAACAAUUCUCUAUUUUUCUUAGUCACAUCAGGCUUCAAAAACAGCAUAGCAGUCUCAUGUACUGAUUAAAGAUAUGUAAGGCAUGGGUAAGGAGUCAAUUACAGCGAGCAUGGAAUUGGGUAAAACUCAAAGUCACGAGUUCGAAUGUUUUGAGGAUAAUUAUUCACUGACUACCAGCACGCAGGGAUGUCGGAUUAACACAAGGAAGUUUAACACCAAAGAACAUAGCCUUUACAGAGCUUUAAAACACAGCAUCCACCAACACAAACUUGACUUGAACUUUGAGUAAAACUAAACAGCCUCUACCAAUAAUAACAAACUCUCACGACUCACUCAUAUCUCACGACUUCCGCGAACUUGUAAACACAAUACCUGAAAAUCGACCUUCGUCACACUUGACUAAACACAGCAGUCCAGCUCGUGGGAAAAAACUUAGCUCUUCAAAAGAACUCGCUUGGAACUUGUAUACCGUUUGACAUAAGGUUCUAGAAAAUUCUAAACAGCAGGCAAAUAGUAGUAGCUUUUCGACAUAUUUUAUGAUUUCAGUAACUGAUGCAAAUCUGCUGACUCAUGCUGAAAUGUAAACAUGCCUAAUUAAUUAUUCAUGAGUAAUCCAAAAACGUAGAGAACGUUCGAGAAAGUCACGCAACGCAUGAAAGCAAUUUUACUACGUAACACUCAACAAAGACAAAAUGUCUUUGUGCAGCAUUUUGUAACUUUAAAUUCAUCAUAAAAUAGUUCGAAAGGAGGGCUCACUCGUGAAAUGUUUUUCAACACUCGAAGAGAAAUUUCGCGUCUCUGCGCGGCCACGAAAUAUCCUCUAUUUAGUCCUCGAGUAAUUAAAGACUAAACUCGAAGUGAUCUCAAGAUAUCACGAAGUAGCCCGGUCUCAUUUCGUGAAAUUGUUGAAACAAGCCGAAAAGUCACGAACUUGCACGCCCAAUCUUGUCCCGAAACAAGUGCAUCAUUUCAUAACUAUUUUUCAUAUCCCAAACUACCUUGGGUCGCAGUAGCGCAAUCGGCUAAUCCCUCAACCUUAGAGUCUCCUCUGAUCUCACGGGUCACACAGGUGAGUCGGUUCAAACCCCGGGAAAGCCAAAAUAAUAAUUCUUUCUUCCUCGAAAAAGUUAAAUAAAUAAAUCAAAGAAAUCGAACUGGUCUCGAGAUAUCUCGAAUUAAUUCGGCUCUCACUUCGUCAAAUAGCCGAAUAAAACCGAAAACCUACAGACUUUGCAUGCCCAAUCUUGUCAAAAAAUUGUAACUUUGAUACAUUCCUGAGCGUCGCGAAACCUUUACUUCGCGCUCCGCCGAAGUAAUAACCAGCGUCCCGUGGUUUAUUCUCUCAUCUCCAGGGCAGAAUAAUACCGGUAAUGUAUUCCCAUCAGCUGGAAGAAUAUUUUGGCAUUUUUCCCUAAGUGUACACUGCACAGCGUGAAAAGACAGCCAGCGAAUUCGAUCUGUUAAAUCCUUUCCACACGCGCGCCAUUCCUUCUCAUUCUAUUUGACGUUUUCCGAGGCUAGACGAACGCUUGAAACAUCAACGUUAAUUAGCUUGGCCAGAAGUCUAUAAACUGCAAGGAAUCGAAGCGACAUACAAGUAGGUAUGACAUCAUUUUGUUCUUUGAGGUUUAGUCGAUUUCACCAUUCUUUAAAAGUUGCAACUGUUUCUCCUUCGACCUGGGUACACUUCGAUUUAUAUGAAAACCAUUUGUGGUUUAUCUGAAGAGAGUGGUUGAUAAAAAGCUUCUUUCAAACUCGUUCUGAACUUUAAUUUAAGAUCGCAAUUGAGUGACCAGCUGUUAAUUAGCUGCUUCGCUAAGGAAGCGAGCCAUGUGGAGAGUAAUCUUAAGACGUUCUUCACUGAAUAAUCUCCGCGUGGUACUACUAACUGUAGGGAUUUUCCUUGUAAAAAUCUUUGCCUCUACGAGAAAAAGACAGAAAAACACGAUUGUAUUUAAUUGCUUCUGUUUUUUAUGAAUACUUGAGUUUAUUUGAGUGAAUAAUGCUCUGGUUCUCUCAGUGGUUGACCCUAUGUCGCACGUUUCUGACAAUGUUUGCGUGAUUACAAGAGUGAUGUUAAUAUAUAUUUUAUUUUUGUUUCAUUGAGCUGAGGGGCGUGCGAUAGACUUUCUGUUUGUUCACAAAACAAAUGAUUCUUUGACAUUGGCGACAAAUCGAGAAGAUAUUUACGCAGACAUUUAUCGAUGACACUUUCGGUUUUUGAAAAGCUUAGUCAGAAACUCUAGAGGCGCAUCUCGGCUUCAAAGGGAUGGUUAAAACUCCCUGACCUUGGGUGAAAAUAAAGACAGGAAAAAGCCCGAAACUGCCUUCGCAGUGUGAUACCAUUCUUGCUGAAUUGAAAAAUUUUGAAUAUAUAUGAUCGUAUUCUCCAGGGCUGAUCUCCGUUAAUAGUUCCUGAAACUUAAACGCAAUUUUUUUUUAUAAAGGACGCACUAGAUAAAUGUCGAAGUUGUGUUUAGUGUUACAGAUGCGUGCGCCUUUUUCGGCCAAUGAGCCUGAAUAGGUUUUCUUUUGUGGGGGAGGGGGGGGACUAGGGCUAUCGGGAAGAUCUUGGAAUUAAUUGUUCACUGUAUUAUUAUUGGCCGCGCGCUUCAAUUGUCCAAAUUGUCCAAAUUCUUUAUAGUCAAUCGUGUUUAUUUUUGUACAAAUGAAUUCCUGCUAAACGUUUGAAGAUGAGGCUGUCUAGAUUUGUUGUGAUAAGCGAGGUAAUUAAUUUUAUGCUCGUGUCUAAAUUCCAAUCAAUUCCACUGUCGAUUGAAUUUUUGACGGUGGUAAUCCACCUUACAUUAAAUUAGAACCUAAGGCAAUUGAAAGCAACAAAAUUAGUGUUAUCAUGCCGAUAAUUUCGGAAAAAGCUUCUAAAUUUUCGAGCACAGCCUUACAGGUUAACUAUUGUGGCGAUUUGCGUGUUUCCUGGUUCGUUUCGUGAGGUUAUCUAUGAUCUUAACGCGGAACACGUAAUGAACAUAAAGCGUUUAGAAUUAUCUUUUGUUCUCUGAAUGCUUCCUGAAUUUGCCAAAGAACAUAUGUGGUUCAUUAGUUUCUACCACUUUAACCUGCUAAACUCGUAAUUAGAGAAAAAAAAACCUUCAUUUAAAGACUAACGCUUACCCUUGGCUAUAGACUAAUAAAGUAGGCGUCCAUAAUCUGUUUUCGAGAUAAUUUGUAAAGUAUUAGUUUUAUGCGCAUUUACUAGAGAGCCUACCCUGGGUUCCGGAGGAUCGGGAGCCUAACCAAACUGUAAGCACGGUUUAUUUCUGGUAUUUUGAGAACGGACCUCAUGAGCCAGGGUAUAGAGAGCCCAGGUAACUCGAAAUACAGGUACAUUCAAAAGUGUUGCUUUUUUGUGUUCGUAUCAGCACCGUUUUUCCGUCAUGUUGUUGUGUUUCAUUCAAAGAAUAAUUUCGCUAGAAAUUUUUUGCUUAUAAGGAAGAAAACUUCGACGGUAACAUUCGCAGACUUCGAGAUAUUAACCACAUUACAUAUGGCACAUUCGACUUGAGGGCUGCUGUUGAAAUCAACUAUAGCGGCCAGUUGCUGAUAUGUUAGACAAUUACCGUAAAGUUCCGAAAGUAACGACCCUCGUUACUUUCGGAUUUAGCAGCCUUUUCCUAUCGCUCGCUUCGCUCGGGUAGCUAAAACGUGUAUCGUACAGGGGCCGCACGAAGUUACAGGCGAUAAUAAUAUAGCGACAAUUGUGAAAACAUCCACAUUUUUUAUUUGGAAAAACUUAUUUCAUGUUGUUGCUUUUUGAAUAUAUAUUCAAAAGAAUUGUUUGAUUACGUUGUGGGUAUUUUGAAGAAAAAAAAGAUGUAAGGUACCUUUUGAGUUACAUAAAGGAAUGUCAACCAUCAUUAUAACCGUUAACAAAUAAAUCUAUCAUUUCCCUUAUUUCCAGCAAGAAGGGAAAUCACUUUUGAAGUCGCUACUCGGAGGGUCGUUAUUUUCGGCGUGUCACUACUGUUGCAAUUUGCUCACACCUGUUAACUUUUUUCGCUACUUUCGAAGGGUUGCUACAUUCGGGGGGUCCUUACUUCGGGAACUUUACGGUAGUGGCUGAUAUUUUUUUUCUUUUUUCAAGUUCAAGUUGGAAUAUUCUAGCAUUUUUGAAGCCAUGGCGCACAGUAUCGCGUUUUUUUAUUAUUAUUGCACCCACUUAUAUAAAGCAACAUUUCACUUGUCAGCGUGAAAUACAUAUAAAAAACGGUGUAAGGGGCCAGCGGUGCUUUGAAUAUUGGCAAAAACUUUUUAACUGACAUCAUAUCCGGAGAUUAUUGGGGUAUCUGUGACUGCGUUGCCUUCCGGCUUAUGGUUCGGAAGUUUUGCCUCCGCACGCCAAAAAAAAAGCUAAAAUAACCAAAUCUAUUUUAAAAAGCUUAGACAGAGUUAAGGAAAUUUUACAUGUUCUGUUCUUUUCAAAAGCGGGCUAAUCCGCUUAUGUGACUAGAUUAAAAGCAAGGUGAGGUUUAGAAAUAGAGUUUGAGGUUCUUUGUUUUGGUUUUGAAAGUUUUUAAACCAGUCAUGAUAAUUUUUGUCGCUUUUAUUCCAUAUUCGUAAUCUCAUUCUGAUUGAGAUCGUGGAACGAUAAAAAUGUGCUUUCAGACUUAAGUGGUGGUGUAGUGUCCUUUACUUUGACACCUGUUCUUGGAGAAAGCUAAGCAUUGGAAUACAAGACUUAAGGUUUGCCAUGUUCGUUGGUUUGGUUCUUUGUUGUUCAUAUUUGAUUACAAGUUUUCUCCAACUAGAAUUAUCUGCUUCUCUGGCAUGUUUCAGUCGCUUUUUUGUGUGUGAAUGCAGCAUCAAAAGGGUGGUAAACCUGUGAGUUGUUGUUAUUGCUUUCGUGUGGCAUUGUGCGCUGGUUCGCUGAUGAAACCUUUCACUUUGACCAUUAAUUUGAAAGCCUCUGAGCGCGGGUACAUUCCUGUGAGGCAGGAAUAAGCAGUUCUAAUUACUGAGUUUAUGAAUGAAUUCCUGAAAAGAAACCAUUUCAGUGAAAAGCUUCUGAACAGUACUUUCUAGUGAUACUGUUAAUUGUGUUGUUUAAGGUUAUUCUAGACUGCAAAACAGUCCUCAUUUUGCGUAUUCAAGUAGGCGCAAACAGUCAAACAAAAGGUCUGGAGCAAGGCUGAAAACGGAGAGUGAGACUAAGACUCUUACGCUACGCUAAGCCUAUUUUUUUCCGCUCUUGUUUCGGCGGGUGAAACAAGAGCCGAAAAAAGCGGCUGUUCUCCGCAGGCUAGUUUUGAGAAAAAACCGACUAUUUUGCAGUCUAAGGUGAUUCAAAUGAUUCAUUUUGUGUUUUGUGGAUGAAAUCUUUUAGUUAAGAUUCUUUAGGUUUUAUUUAAAUAAACUGAGCUCCUGGGCGAUACUUUCUUCUGGUGCAAAGUGGCUGUAACUUUAGAUCACAGCAUUCAUGCGUGUCUUCUCUCUCGCGCGUGUCACGAAAGCAUUGAGCGCGCCUGGUGCAGGCCUUUUCAUGAUGUGUUUGUUAGACGCCCAAGUUGUAGAUCAUUGUGCUACUAUGGAAAAACCACUCUAUAGGGAAAAACAACUACCUACAGUGUGUUCUCAGUUCUGUAACAUAUAUUUCUAUUAUUUUUUGCAGUUUCUAUCGCCUACUCCUUGUCUGUGAGUUGUAUUUUGUUGACAUGAGGCCAGCUUUAAGCCAUGCCAGGAAGCUUAGAGUGUUAUUUCUACUUAUAGCAUUAUCUUCCUUUUUAAUCAUCGUAUUCGAGGGAAGCAUUCUCAUGGUAUCUGACCACGGUAAGUACUAUUUUUGUCGGGGGAGGGCGGGCACUCCGAAUUUCAAGUGACAGGGAUGAUCGAAUGGGGGCCAUCCUCGGAGACCCAGGGGCAGAUACUGGGGGCGAGGGAAAGUCUAAACGGGCGGAAAAAAAGUUGUCUGGCACCAAUCAGAAGCCAGAAAGGCGGCGACCGUUUGGAACUGGUCUGGUAAGACAUUUCACUUUUCUUCGUGACGGGGAUGACUUUCGAGGAUGAAUGGGGCAAAAAUCAAAACUCCAAAAAAUCCCUGGAUCAAAAAUUGACCCCCGAAAAAUCCCAUGCCGAAUUUUCCAGUACACGGCGUUAAAUGAUAUAACACGAAAUUUAAAAACGUUAGAAAUUGAAUGAAGUAUUUGUUUCUUCGUAACAGCAUGUGAAGUUAUCAUGAUAUGCGGGCUCUACCACGAAUCCUCAAAUUGCUUUGAAUACCCCAAGAAUCCCUACUUAAAACAAACCAGCCCAUAAAAAUACGUGCCAAAUCUUCCUUCCCGAAAAAUAUCCUGGAAUCGAAAAUUUCUAACCCAAAAAAAUCCUUCGAUCAUCCCUGUCAUUCGAAAUCCUGAGUACCCCCGAUUUUUGUACGUUUUAAAACCUUGCACCAUUUUUACUAAUGAAAUAAUUGUACAUGUGCGCCCCCCAAAAAUGAAGUUAAAAAUAGAUAAAUAAAAACUUACCGCCUCGUAACAGGGUUGGAAAAGAUUUCAAGGUACGCUCUACUGCCGAGUUUUUUUUAGGGCAAAAUUUCGAGCGCGCUCGCACACAACGGCAGAAGGGGAGAGGCGUGUAGCCCUCGCGCGCUUUAUAAAAACCAACCAAAAACCAACUGGCGCCUGUCAUACGGGCCAAGGUUUGAAAAUUAAAAAGCGCUUUUAACUGAUUUAACUCGCUGAUCUGAUAACGAUUAUCUAGGGUCGAAUCAGUUUCUAUUUACAAGAGGUGUAUUAUCGACUAAAAAUAGCGUGACCUUGCUCCUUUAAAAGGUUCUGAGUCUCGUUCUUAAGCUUGGAGAACUGAAACGUGGUAGUCAUGGCGGCUUUAUAUAGAGCGUUUUCACUCACGUAUCCAGCAUCUAUGCUAAUUAAUUGGCACAAAAUAAAGUGUUUACAUAAGAAAAGAGUUCAACUCCCACAGGACUGGUUUGGAACACCAACAUGGCCGCCGGGACGUCAUGAGAAAACGCUCUUUGGUGAGAAAAUGGUCAGAUAACAUCCUUAUUUUUUGUCUUUUUUUUCAGUUGUACGUUUGCCAAAUUAUAUGCGUCCGGAAAUUGCUUUAAGUGUCAAGGAUUUAAGACAAGAUGGGCUCCAGAAUACUCUUAAGAAGAAAACAGUCCACGGCCGAGCUCUUAGUUCACUGGAUAAAGAGAAAGAAUCCACUUCAAAAGUACCGGAGAAACAGAGAUCGCUUCUUUGCGGGACAUCAUGGCAAAAAGACUACAUAAAGCUCCACGACGACAUCUUGAACAACCGUAGACCUCCCAGAUACCUGGUAUAUUUUUGUGGCGGUAAAAGAUACGGUUGCGGCGGUUACGGGAAUCGUUUGGGGGCAAUGACCUCUCUUCUUUAUCUGGCUAUUAUUACGAAUCGGGCUUUCAUCAUAAACUGGAACACCAGUGUACCACUAAGCGACUACCUUCUACCCAAGAACAUCAACUGGAAUGUUCCCUUGUCCAAGCUGGCUCACCUAAAAAAGAAUUACCAUUAUUGGGGAAAAGGAGAUCCGCAGAUGGUCACCGGAGAUUAUCAUAGAUCAUCGUUCGAUUUUAACGCUUUUCGUAGCUGGGUAGAGGAAACAGAUCCCGAAUCGUAUUUAAGCUCGCCUGUAGAAAUCGUCACGAGUUUGUGGUACUUUGCCCCGAGUUUUCGCCAACAUAAGUUCGCCGAACGUUUGGCAGACAAAUUUGGAACAAAACAGCGAGGUCAUCGGUACUCGCUCGUAGGUUGUGCGUUCGACUUCUUAUUCGAACGAAGACCUUUGUUCGAGAACGCUUUAUCGUUGGCGCGCGAAUCGCUGAAAUUUAAGCCUGGCGUGCCUAAGAUUGGGAUUCACGUCAGAAUGGGAGAUGCGUCGUUCAACGGGGAAUCAUUAGAUCAGAGGACUACAAAUUUUAAGAAAUUUUUCAGCUGCGCUAAGAAGUUUGAAAAGUCCAUCAUGAGAACGAGUUACCCAAAUGUUAGCCGAGAGGACAUUAAAUGGUUUUUAGCGACAGACAAUCUGGAUGUGAAGCAGUUCGCGUUGAGAAAGUACCCCGACAAGGUAUUAACGCUAUCUGUAGAAAUUGAGCACAUAGAUAAGAAUGAAGCCACAAACAACGGGAUGCAGGGAGUAUUACUCGACCAUUUUCUACUGUCAGAGUGUGACUUCUUGGUCAUGUCUGACAGCAGCUUUAGUAAAACAGCACUGGGUUUGAAUUUUCAUUCGACGGUGGUCAGUACAUUCGGCGAGAAAUGCAGGUAUCUCACGUGACCAAGGCUUUUCCAUGGCGAUGAGCUAAAGUAUUACAGUUCACGUUCGCUGUCCUGACGAUCAAAAGAAACAGGAGAUUGUACACGAACGAGGAGUUGGUUCGAGUCCAAGAGGACUGAAGGAGCAACAGUUUUGAAACUGUCUCUUACACUCCCAAGAAACACUGAAGAAAUUAAAGAAAACAUCCCUGAAGUCAUCUGUACAGUGGUGCCCACAAAACACCGUCUGGACGCUCAUUGAUUUCUUAAUGGAAAAAAAAAAGAAUGGAAAAACUAAGUAGUAUAUUAAAUAAGGUGUUUUCUUUUCCUGUCAGAUACAAAUUUGAAAAGAAUUUUCUAUUACAAAAUAACAUAAAAAUUAAUGAAAAGACUAGCGAUGUGCCGUAGCCAUUUCCCUCAGUGUUCUUGUCAAAUUUUUACCAAAAGACCAACCAUCGAUUUCCUUACACGUUACACGAGUUUUUCUCUUUGUUAUUCUCAUUUUCUACAGUUGUCGUUUUCUCAUUAUUUCCAUCUACAACCAGGACUCGUUUAGUUUAAAUGUUUUCUGCAGUCUUUCAUAAAGGCGCCUGUUCGUUCUCUUCGUAAUAAUAUCAGUCGCGCGUCUAACCUAAGCAGUUUCCAUUUUCGUUUCGCUUUGAAAAUUACAUUCCGGCGGGCAUGUAGCCGUUAGAUGAGAACCGCUACAAUUGGGCCUGAUCUCAGGUUAUCGCGCGUCUUGCUCUUUUUCCUCUCUUUUCCUCUUGGUUUUAAAAAGCAUAACGCAGUUUCCUACUAUUUUCAGCCCACGCGAUAGAAAUGAACUACACAUUAAUAUGAAAUGAAUCCCAAUCGAACAAUGUAGCCGAUUUCAAUUCACUGUGUAUACCCCUGUUUUGAGUCAAAUGUGGAUUAAGCAUCACGUUCCACCUAUGAUCACAGAUAGUCAUAAAAGAAACUAAGCAGGGGUGAGUUUACUCCGAGGUAAAAAGAAGCCCUUUAGAGAUCUCAGUUUAGUACUCACCCCCCCAUAAUCUGAACAUUCCGUGACGAUAAUGUGAAGGAAACCAGUGUUCUAAAUCGUAUG